AUGAUGAUGCUCCAGUCCUCCCGAGUUGCAUUGCGAGUUGCUCCUUCGAUGAGCCGAUCAGCUGCCCGUGCAUUCUCGACCUCCAUGGUUCAGAACAAGGACGUACAGAAUAUCACAGUCUUCGGAGCUGGUCUCAUGGGCGCUGGUAUCGCCCAGGUGCUUGCUCACAAGGGCAAGUUCAAUGUCACGCUCUCGGACGUGACCGACAAGGCGCUUGCCAACGGCCAGAACAUCAUCUCCAAGUCCCUCGCUCGUAUCGCCAAAAAAGCCAUGGCCGAGUCAAGCGCUGACGAGCAGGCUCAAUUUGUCAAGGGUGUCGUCGGCUCGAUCAAGGUCACCACCGAUCCUGCGGAAGCCGUCAAGGACACCGACCUGGUCAUCGAGGCUAUCAUCGAGAAUGUCGGCAUCAAGAAGGAUUUGUUUGGCUUCCUCGAUGGCAAGGCUCCCAAGGACGCUCUUUUCGCUUCGAACACCAGCUCGCUGUCCAUCACCGACGUUGCUGAGGCUGUCUCUGCUGAAAGGCAAGCGCUAUUCGGAGGCUUCCAUGCUUUCAACCCCGUGCCUCAGAUGAAGCUCGUCGAGGUGAUUCGCACCACCAAGACCAGCAACGAUACCUUUGACUCGUUGACCGAGGUGGCCAAGCGCAUGGGCAAGACGCCGGUCGCUUGCAUCGACUCUCCCGGAUUCAUCGUCAACCGAUUGCUCGUUCCCUACAUGCUGGAAGCCAUUCGUCUGGUUGAGCGAGGUGAGGCUACCGCCAAGGACGUCGAUAUUGCAAUGAAGCUUGGUGCUGGAUACCCCAUGGGACCUUUCGAGCUGGCUGAUCUUGUCGGUCUGGACACACUCUCGCACAUCGCCAAAGGCUGGAGGGAAACGCGCGUCAAGACGGGCGAAAUCAACGCCGAGGCAGUCUCCGAAUCCAAGCUGCUCGAGGACCUAGUCAAGCAGGGCAAGCUCGGCAAGAAGAGUGGCGAGAAGGGUGGCUUCUACGAGUACCCUGCGCCUGCCAAGAAGUAA